AUGUCUCUAAGGGGGACCCAGCUUGGCCUAGAUGUUACCCCUGUGUUUAUCAAAGAGGGUGUUUACUGGUCUGGGUUUCAGCAUGAGAUUAAGGGUGAGUAUGAGCAUGGUAGUAAUGAUGGUGGUAACAGUGAUGGCGAUGGCGAUGGCAAUGAUAACGAUGAUGAUGAUGAUGAUGAUAAUGACGAUAGUGACGGCGAUGGUAGUGGUGACAGCAACGGCGAUAGUGGCGAUAAUAGCAUUUAG